AUGCCGGCCGGAUUCAGUUCGGAUACAAUGGGUCACCCCAACAGGAGGCGCAUAAACAUGCCUUCGAUCAACACCGGAGCGUCGCAGCACCAGGAGAACGGGAUCGCGUCGCCGGGGACCGGCUAUGACAUGCAGUUCACGCCGCUGUUGCCCUCUCAGCUCCUGCUCGGCUCGCCCUUCCAACCUGGGACGCCAAAUGCGUUCGCGUCCCCCCAGUUCGGCAUGCAUGGAGGAUUCUCUCAGCAGACACCCACGUCGGCGAAUCCCAUGUCGCCCACUUUCGGAGGAAUCGGUGCGUCCGGACUGGGUUCGCCUACCGGAUUUGGCCCGCAGUAUGCCACGUACUACCAACAGCAGUCUCCCACUGCAGGCUCUCCCAUGACCCCCGGCAUAGUACCCGGGACGUCGCGGACCGUCUACUUGGGCAACAUUCCACCCGAGACCUCCGCCGAGGAGAUUCUGAGCCAUGUGCGGUCCGGACAAAUCGAGUCCGUCCGUCUGCUCCCCGAUAAGAACUGCGCGUUCAUCUCUUUCCUCGACAGCUCCUCGGCUACCCACUUCCACUCGGAUGCCAUCUUGAAGAAGUUGGCUAUCCGCGGUCAGGAUAUCAAGGUCGGCUGGGGCAAGCCAUCGCAGGUGCCAACCUCGGUUGCGAUUGCCGUCCAGCAGUCGGGCGCUUCGCGGAAUGUCUACUUGGGUAACCUUCCGGAAGACGUGUCUGAGGAAGAGCUCCGUGAGGAUCUGGGCAAAUUCGGGCCCAUCGACACCGUUAAGAUCGUUCGCGAGAAAGCUAUCGGUUUCGUCCACUUCCUCUCCAUCGGCAAUGCGAUCAAAGCUGUCAACCAGCUCCCACAAGAGCCGAAAUGGCAGACUCCUCGUCGCGUCUACUACGGCAAGGAUCGAUGCGCGUACGUCUCCAAGACUCAGCAGCAGAAUGCCGCCCAGUACCUCGGAAUCGCCCCUGGCUACGCCCAUCUCCUCAACAGCGCCGACAAGGAGAUGAUCUCGACGGCUCUCGCUCAGCAGUCCGCUGCAGCCGCCGCCGUCGCCACAUCUGCGGGAGGUAUCAACAACCUCGGCAACCGCACGGUGUACCUUGGCAACAUUCACCCCGAGACGACCAUCGAGGAGAUCUGCAAUGUUGUCCGCGGAGGACUGUUGCACCAUAUUCGGUACAUCCCCGACAAGCACAUCUGCUUUGUCACCUUUAUCGAUCCUACCGCUGCCGCGAGCUUCUACGCUCUGUCCAACAUUCAGGGUCUGAUGAUCCACAACCGACGCCUCAAGGUCGGAUGGGGCAAGCACUCAGGAGCUCUGCCUCCUGCGAUUGCCUUGGCCGUGUCUGGCGGUGCGAGUCGGAAUGUGUACAUUGGAAACUUGGACGAGACGUGGACCGAGGACCGCCUCCGUCAAGACUUCUCGGAGUACGGCGAAAUCGAACUCGUCAACACCCUCCGCGAGAAGAGUUGCGCCUUUGUCAACUUCACCAACAUAGCCAACGCUAUCAAGGCGAUCGAGGCUGUCCGGAGUAGAGACGAGUACAAGCGAUUCAAGAUUAACUUCGGAAAGGAUAGAUGUGGCAACCCUCCCAGACAGGCCACCAAUGGAAACCACCAGUCCGGAACUCCCACUUCGUCCGGUCACCCUCCGCUUCCCAGUAGCAGUCCGGUAAACGGACAGUCGCUGCAGCCCAGUCUCUCUCACUCCGGCUCUGGUGGUAGUCCCGCCCAGCUCAGUCCUGCUGGCAUGCACUCCAACAGCCCUGGAUACGGAACGCCGACCACCCCAGGAAUGAAUGGCCUCAACCCCGCUGCCAACCCGCUCCAGGUCUACUUGGCCCAGCAGCAACAGCAGCAAGAGGCGGCUGCCUACGCGUCGAACCUCCAGCAACAGCUUGCCGCCCAAGCAGCUGCUGUAUACGGUCAGCAGAGCUCACAAUUCGACUCCAUUGGCCAGGCCGCUAAUUCGGCUUCGGAUGGUUUAGGACACAACAACGGCAACGGAAUGGGAAUGAACCAGAACCUCCGGGUUGGAGGCCAGCACAGCCGCGCCUUGAGCAUGCCGGCCAUCAGCCACCAGGGACAGCACGGCCUCGGCGUCAAUGGAUACGGAGGAAUGACUGGAUGGGCUGAGGAGGAGAUGCACUAG